GGGCCCGCCCCCUCCACCUGGCCCCAGGCUGGCUGCUGGAGACUUAGCCUGCGCCGGAAGUAGCAAUCUGGACGCGGAGCAGGUGUGAGGUGCAGCCAGCAUGGGUGAGCCCCAGGGGUCCAUGCGGAUCCUAGUGACAGGGGGCUCUGGGCUGGUGGGCAGAGCCAUCCAGAAGGUGGUGGAAGAUGGGGCCAGGCUGCCGGGAGAGGACUGGGUGUUCGUCUCCUCCAAGGACGCCGAUCUCACGGAUGCUGCGCAGACCCGAGCCCUCUUUGAAAAGGUCCGGCCCACGCACGUCAUCCACCUUGCUGCAAUGGUGGGAGGCCUGUUCCGGAAUAUCAAAUACAACUUGGACUUCUGGAGGAAAAACAUUCACAUCAACGACAACGUCCUGCAUUCGGCCUUUGAGGUAGGAGCCAAAAAGGUGGUCUCCUGCCUGUCUACCUGCAUCUUUCCGGACAAGACCACCUACCCCAUUGAUGAAACCAUGAUCCACAACGGACCACCGCACAGUAGCAAUUUUGGCUACUCCUACGCCAAGAGGAUGAUCGACGUGCAGAACAGGGCCUACUUCCAGCAGCACGGCUGCACCUUCACCGCCGUCAUCCCCACCAACGUCUUCGGGCCCCACGACAACUUCAACAUCGAGGACGGCCACGUGCUGCCCGGCCUCAUCCACAAGGUGCACCUGGCCAAGCGCGGCGGCUCGGCCCUGACGGUGUGGGGCACGGGGAAGCCUCGGAGGCAGUUCAUCUACUCACUGGACCUGGCCCGGCUCUUCCUCUGGGUCCUGCGGGAGUACAGCGAGGUGGAGCCCAUCAUCCUCUCAGUGGGCGAGGAGGACGAGGUUUCUAUCCGGGAGGCAGCCGAGGCCGUGGUCGAGGCCAUGGACUUCCGCGGGGAGAUCACCUUUGAUACGACCAAGUCAGACGGGCAGUUUAAGAAGACGGCCAGCAACCGCAAACUCCGGGCCUACCUUCCGGAGUUCCGGUUCACGCCCUUCAAGCAGGCCGUGAAGGAGACGUGCGCCUGGUUCGCCGACAACUACGCGCAGGCCCGGAAGUGAAGCGCCGCGACCGGCCAGCCGCCGGCCCCGCCCCGGAGACCCCGGCCGCCGCUGGCGGGCAGAGCCCGGCGGCGGCCACCCUCGCCCUCAGACCCUGCCAGGAGCCGAGGGCGCUGCCCAGCAAUGUGUGCCCACAUUCCACCCCCUGCCCCAGGGGGGCUCCGGCUGCUGUCCGCUGGGGCCGCCCUUCACGUUGCUCCUCAGGGAAACCACGGCCAGGACCGGCCCGGCCCCGCGCGGCACCUUGCUCCUCAGCGCCAGCGCCGGGUCCCGAACGUGCCCACUCGCAAUCUCGCUCUCCCACUCCUGGGAGCCAAUAAAGUGCGUUUCACAGA